UCUGAGAUACGUUACGCCACGCGGAUAGAUACACCAAUGUAUCUGAAUCCGGCCCAUAGACUUUAGCCACUUGAUGAUCAAUAAUAAUGAUGUCACCCAACGUUAGCGAUGAUUUCUACCUCUGCUUCUUUCGCAGUACCCGCCUCGUCCGGCCACCCAGGAGUAUCAGUGUGUCACGCAGACAGCAGUAUAUCAUGACUAUUUCAGUAACUGUAUCUGCGCAGUGGACACCUGAUCCCGCCAACAGCUCCUCUUCUCCUGGGAUGUCACCAGGAUACCGGGACGCUCUUUCCUCUGUUCGCUGGCUGUCAUUUGGGGUAACAAAGGAGUCUUCUACCUGUGAUCUCCUUGGUUGGCGGAUACAGAGAUACGGGUAAAUUAUUAUGCGUCUGAUGGGAGCCGGAGGAUUGUCUGCUAUUGGUGGCACAGAGGACUGACAGCGAACAUCACUAGAACAGCUAGCAGGCCGCUGUGGUAUGGCCACUCAGAAUGACAAAGGUAUCAAAACGAAUCUCUGUAUUUGACAUUUUUCCAGAAAGCAACAGAGAUCAGAAUGGGAAUAAUCCAAGCGGAAGUGGAGAGGAAAAUGUGGGGGAAGGCUGCGCCACACUGCCAGUGGAUGAAGCUGGUGUGAUCAUCUCAACCGCUACCGAACGGCGAAAUCAGAAUGUCUUCAAUUGUGAAAGUCUUUGCAAUUCAGAGGAGAAGCUGUCUCUGUGUUCUUUACACCAUGCGUCAAGAAUCCUCGUCGCCAUUUCCAUCAUCGUAUCGAUCGUUGCAAUAUCCUUGUCCAUCCUUCUCCUUGUGCAGUACUUCUACCAUCCAGCGGUCCAGCGAGCCUGUCCGGACUACCUAGAGAGUUGUGUCCCUUCUUUAAACUGUUCUCUUACCGAUGGUGCCAACCCCUGCCCACCAAGCAGGCAGCCAAGCAACCGGACCCUUGUCAGCGAAUACAGGAAUCCAGUGCUGCUGCUGACCGGACAGUCACUGCUGCAGGUGUACAGCGCUCCGGCUGGCCGCUAUUACACCGUGUGUCACCAGGGCUGGAAGACCUCCCAUGGUUGGACGGUGUGCAGAGAGCUGGGCUUCAACAGCAACACAGUAUUGUCUUCUCCGGUGUCACUGAACGCGACAGAUGCCGCCUGCCUACAAUCAUUCGCUGUGGUGAACAAAACUCCCGGAUCUCCCAGUAACCUCGAGACGUUCCUGAGCCCUGUGGAAACGUGCCCAGCUCAGGAGGGGGUGUCACUGCAGUGCACAGAUUGCGGAAGGUCGGCUUCAGAGAUUCAGCGUAUCGUUGGAGGGUCUCCGUCAACCUGGGGACGUUGGCCAUGGGUAGCCAGCCUGCGUUGGGAUGGACGCCAUGUUUGCGGAGGAUCCAUCAUUUCAUCGCAGUGGGUGAUGAGCGCGGCUCACUGCUUUGUCCUGUCUAACUUCUUUACGGUGGGUCGAUGGAAGGUUCACGUCGGCUCUACAUCUCUCAUCCCAUCAACAUCUGUCUCCAUCCGCAGCAUCUACUACAAUGGAUUCUACAACCCUGAAACCAAUGACUUUGAUGUUGCUCUGAUAAAAACCAGCCAGCCUAUGGCCUUCUCUGAGACCCUUCGUCCGGUGUGUCUGCCCAGAGCUCAUCAGGAAUUUCAGGCCACAGGAAACUGCUGGAUCAGUGGCUGGGGACACGUGAGCGAGGGUGGUCAGCUGUCUCCAGUCCUACGGGAGGCCAAGGUCCACUUGAUCAGCAACAGCAUCUGUAAUCAGACGUCUCACUAUCCUGGAAUGAUCAGCGAGAGAAUGUUAUGUGCCGGCUAUCUGGAUGGAAAAGUGGAUUCCUGUCAGGGAGACAGCGGAGGCCCUCUGGUGUGCCAGGAAGGAGGCCUGUGGUGGCAGGUUGGCAUUGUCAGCUGGGGAGAAGGCUGUGGUCGACCCAACCGCCCCGGAGUUUACACUAACCUCACUGUAUUACUAGACUGGGUCUACCAUCGCCUACAGAACGACAAUGAGAUUCCAUGACAAGACGAGAGCUCAUCAGGGAGAAUAAACAUAUUUAUGCUUUUAA